GCGAGAUCAAAGAUGGCGGCCCCCACCCACUACACUGCUGUGUAAACAAACCUCUUUCCUCGGAACAUUUAAACAUUUUUGGUUUAAAUUUUCGUCAUCUCCUGUUUCUCGUUGUCAAUCCAAAACCGGACCACAACACAAAACGACCGCGGGCCGCCUGGAACAAAACACCGACGAGUGUUUUAACAGAUGUGGCAUCAUGAACAAGGACGAAAGACGCUCCAGCGCAGAUGUCCAGCAGCUGUUGGUGGUUAAAGAAGAGGUUUCCCCUGAGUGGAGCUCCAGCCUGUAUGAGGAGGACCCAGAACCCCUCCACAUAAAAGAGGAAAACAAAGAACUCUGGACCAGUCAGGAGGGAGAGCAGCUUAACAGGCUGAAGGAGGCUGAUAUCACCAGGUUCCCAUUCAUUGCCGUCACUGUGAAGAGUGAAGAUGAUGAAGAUAAACCUCAGACUUUACAGCUUCAUCAAAGUCAAAAUGAGGACAGCAGAGCGGCAGAGCCUCCAGCCAGCAGCUCAGCAACACAGAUAAAAGCAGAAACUGAUGGAGAGGACAGUGGGGGAUUUGAACCUGUCAGUAACCAAGGACCAGAUAGUCAUACACAGUUAAAUACUGAUGAAAAGGCUUCAGACUGUUCUGAGACUGAUGUCAGUUCUGAUGAUUGGCAAGAACCUUUGUCAGGUUCUGGACCUGAAACUAAAGAGAGUGACAGUGGGUUGGAGGAGACCACGGCACCUGAGUCAGGUUCAAAUGCUCCAAAAUAUAUAGAAGCUCAUGUAAAUGAUGUGGGAUGUAGUGCUGGGGAAAGUCUUGAGACACACAGGAGAGUCCCCAGAGGAGAUAAAUCAUUCAGUUGUGAUGUUUGUGAAAAACUAUUUACAGAUCGAGGAAGUCUGAGGAGACACAUGAGAGUCCAUGCAGGAGUGAAACCAUUCAGCUGUGACGUUUGUGGAAAGAGAUUCAUCCAGCAGGGACAUCUUGAGACACACAUGAGAGUCCACACAGGAGAGAAACCAUUUAGUUGUUGUCAUUGUGGGAAAGGAUUUACAGAACAGGGAAAUCUGAAUAAACACAUGAGAGUCCACACAGGAGAGAAACCAUACGGCUGUGGUGAUUGUGGAAAAAGAUUUACACAUCAGGGAGGCCUGAAGAGACACAUGAGAGUCCACACAGGAGAGAAACCAUUUGUUUGUGAUGAUUGUGGGACAAGAUACAGCUUUAAGACAAAUCUUGUUACGCACAUGAGAGUCCACACAGGAGAUCGCCCAUUUGGUUGUGAUGUUUGUGGAACAAGAUUUAGCUUGAACACAAAUCUUAAAAAACACAUGAGAGUCCACACAGGGGAGAAACCAUUUGGCUGUGAUGUUUGUGGAAAUAGAUUUACAGAAAGGGGGAGUCUUAGGAGACACGCAAGAGUGCACACAGGAGAAAAACCAUUUGGUUGUGUUGUCUGUGGUAAAAGAUUUACACAACAGGGAACUCUGAAGACACACAUGAGUGUCCAUUCAGGACAGAAGUGUUCGGUUGCCGGGUUUAUUGUAGAAUAGAUUCAUUGUGCUUCAUAUUUCCAUUGUAUUUUGAUGGGUCUUUCUCAUAUGUUUUUUUUAAAUUAAAGCUUUUUUCAUUACUAUGUUUUACAGUGUGUCCACAAAAUGCCUUUAUUUGCCUUUAACUCUGCAGAUUUACAUUAUAGACAGGUGCUUACAUAUCUCCUGUAAAAUAAAAAAUGUGUAAUCUGUUCAUUUUUAAAUCAUGUCAGAAAAAAACAUUCAAAACCCUGCCUGUAAAUGUAUUUUGGGCUUGUCUGGAAUAGGUGUUUUAGGAUAUGUUUAAAUACAUUUUUGGGAAUAGGGUUAGGUAACGUUUUUUCCAUAUCUGAGUUGUAUAUUUCUUUAAAAUUAUAAGCGAAGAGCAUCUGGACAUUUACGUUUGCUCUCUAAGACUCUACAGAUAAAAGGCCUCUUUGCUUUGCUUUAACAUUAUUAUUUAUCAAAUAUUUAGACUUGUUGCCAGCCAGUAAUUUUUAUUUUUAGUGUGAAAAGAUUUAUCCAAAAGAAAAAUCUUGGGACACACAGGAGAAAAAAAACAUUUAGCUGUGGUGACUGCGAGAAAAGAUUCAGUCCGAGGAGAAUUCUGGACAAAUACAUGGAAGCCAACACAUGAGAGAAACCAUAUAUAUGCAAUUUUUGCGUAAAAGAUUUACACAACAGGGAAAUAUGAGAAAAACAGAUGCAAGGCUUUCACAGGAGGCACACCACUUUGUUCUUUCAUUUGUGGUACAAGAGUUAAAAGUCCACUCAGCCAAGAAACAUUCUAAUUGUAAUGGUUUUUCUGUGAAAACUGUCUUUAAUGUUGUUUUCCAAUCUUUCAUUGCAUGUAUUUUUUUUUUUGCUUUCUCUUGUGUUUAUUUUGAAUAAAAUACUUCCUUGA